AAAAAAUUGUUGACAUUCCACAUAACCUAAAAUGUCUGUAAGAAAUAAGAAAUAAUUGGUGCUUUUUCCAUGUAUUUUUAUUCUAACAGUUAUGGUCAAGAUUCGGUGAGAACACAGUGUAAUCAUUGACGCGCCUUAUUCAGUGCAGAUAAAUCUCUGAAAUACGAGAACCUACUCCAGAUAUUCAAAUGUCGGAAUAUAAUGAUAAUUUAUCAAGGAACACUAGGCUCCGUACUUUAGAGUCUGUGACAAAGAAUGGUUAUGCAGAUGGUGUGUCAGAUGGUCAAACUGCCCAGUUCCAAGACAGUUUCAAUAUUGGAUACAAACAAGGGUUCACUUUUGGAUUUGAAUUAGGUUUCCAAGAAGCUAUCCCAAGUAUGCAACAGACAAAACCAGAUUUGCAUGAUCAGCGAAAAAUUAACUGUCAGAUUUGUAUUAACAUGGUAAAGGCUGAAGAAAAUAUUGGGAAUUUGUUCAAUAUCCAACAGGAGAAGAAUAAUCAAUAUUUGGGCAUAAAAGACACCACAGACACAUAAAACAUGUUACUUAAACUAUAAUAAAAUAGUUUAUAUUGCGAGUUGGGCAUAAGUUAUUUUGAUAAUGGUAGAGCCAACAUUAACUAAGUAAUGCAAAAAAUUGCAGAACAUACUCAAUAUUGAGAUGAUAAUUUUAUUUAAACAUAACAGAGAUGAGGAUCAAUUUUUCGAUGCCCUUUAUGAGUUUUAUCUUUUUUUUGUAAAUAUAGAUUUCGUUUAUUUUAAAAUAUAAUGUACGUACAGAUAUUGAGGUGAAUAAAUCUUUUAGACUUAAUAAAGUUUUGCUGUAUUUUCACA